GCGAUACCACAAAUACACGUCAUAUACAUUAUCCGGUUAAUUUACAUAUAACACCGCCCAGAGUGGGGAUGAACAUCAUAAUCCAUUUAUUCUGCGCUGUCUCUGAAGUAGAAGACAAAAAACAGCUGGAAAAGUUUGGGAGAGUGUGUGACGAACAGGGCCAAGUGCUUCGAGAGACAAGAACCGAAGCUUGUUGGGCUCUUUGCCCCAAUUUUGGAUUACGGUAUGGACGCUUUGAAGUCGGCUGGAAGGGCAAUAAUUCGGAGCCCCAGUCUCGCUAAACAGUCAUGGGGUGUAGGCAGACAUAAAAAGCUGCCAGAGAACUGGACAGACACGCGGGAGACCCUGCUGGAGGGCAUGGUGUUCCAGCUCAAGUACCUGGGCGUCACGCUGGUGGAGCAGCCCAAAGGAGAAGAGCUCUCCGCAGCCGCCGUCAAGAGGAUUGUGACCACGGCCAAAGCCAGUGGCAAGAAACUCCAGAAAGUGACAUUAAAAGUGUCCCCUCGAGGAAUCAUCCUCUAUGACUAUGCCUCUAACCAGCUGAUCGAGAACAUAUCCAUUUACAGGAUAUCCUACUGCACAGCAGACAAGAUGCACGACAAAGUGUUUGCCUACAUCGCCCAGAGCCAACAGAAUGAAACCCUGGAGUGUCACGCCUACCUCUGCACCAAGAGGAAAGUGGCCCAGGCAGUGACGUUAACAGUGGCCCAAGCCUUCAGAGUGGCGUUUGAGUUCUGGCAGGCUGCCAAAGAAGACAAGGAGAAGCGUGUGAAGUCUGGGUCGGAUGGGGAAGGAGCUAGUAGUAGCCAGUCGGAGAGCUCGGCCAGCCUGGGCAGUCUGAAGGGAGGAGAAGUGGCCACAGGAAACCUUCUAGACUUGGCAGAGGGGGCGAACAUGGCACUGGUCCACUCGGGGACAAAGGAGAGCGAGCUGGACCCCUUCAUGGUGCGCAACCACUCCACAGAGAACAACAAUACUGUAUGGGAGCUUGAGGAUGGUCUGGAUGAAGCUUUCUCAAGACUCGCUGAGUCUCGCAAUAACCCCCAGGUCCUGGACAUUGGGGUAAACCCUCAGGACUUCAACACCGAAGAGUGCCUGUCCCCAACUAACUGGGACAAAACGGACGCAGACAAUACCGAGAAAGACGAUAUGUUUGGGUUCUAAGGGUGGAGCCACUGCGGACUCGAGGCAUUGAGGAAGGCAGAGAAAGAUGGAGGGAUUUGAGUGAAAGCGGUAGAGGCAGUGACUGGAUGUCUGAAAUAUAGUGCCAUGGAGUUUGUACCUGAUUCUCCCUGAAAGUCCACUCAGUGGCGCCAUCUUGAGGGAUGUGACUGUUUGUGCAUCUAGCUGACCAACCAGGUGAUACCUUCCUGAGCAGAGAGCCUCCAUAACUCAUACCAAAGCAAUGUAACCAUUUGUUUAUUUUAAUUAAAUGUUAAACAUGCAGCCAUCUGGUGUUAAAUUCAACUGUGCAUUAAUUUUUUAUUUUUCUAUUUGCCCACUGUAUAUGUGUCUACUGGUAUGUUUGAACUGUGUGUACACAAUUUUAAGUAUGUAUCUACUGUAUACAUAAGCUGAUAGAGCUAUAUUUUAUGUUGUUUUUUUUGCAUUUGGUGAAGACGCAGUUAAGCAUUUAUAGGCAGAAAAUGUAUAAAACAGGUUAAACCUAUGGUCAGUGUUUGAUGUGGAGUCGGGGCUAAUGCCAUGGUUAUGUUCCCUAUGUUAAUGUACCUGUGGAUGGAGGGGAAACUUCACAGGUGAUGGAUUGAAAGCCACCAGCUGAACUCCAGCCCUGAUGCCAAAUAUAAGAAUAAUGAGUGCGGGUGACUCUUCUGUGCUCUAAUAAUUGGGCAAACAGGCUUGAUCAAAAUUGACUUGCAUAUAUAAUGUGUGAGUUGUGUGUGUAUGGAUUAAUCUUUUAUUCUAUUGCUAGAUCUAUUUUUGCACUCUACUCAUCCCUCUUCAAAGCACAUACUUUCAUGUUGGGGAUUGUUAUAACAUCAAACUCUUACAUAUACCACUGUAAUGUUGUCUAUGACCUUGUUUGUGCUAAUAAAGAUUUGAUAGUUUACUCAUCAGUUUGGGUAUGAGGAUUUGA